AGGGAAAGGGGGGGGUCUGAGAUGGGGGUCCAUGAAGGACAGGGGUCCAUGAGGGAAGAAGUCCAUGGGGAAGGGGCUCUGAGGCGGCUCCAAGCGCUCGCUGGACAUACGCUAAUUAAGCGGUGCCGCUCCUCUGUGAGGCAGCUAAAGGACACAGGAGACCCUUCAGCCCGCAUCGGGGGGACAACACCCGUUUCGGCAGCACAGAAAAAUGCUGCAAAGGACAGAAACCGAGUCCUGGCAGCUGAAAUCAAGCAAAUCAGGGAGGCUCUUCGUGCCGCGCUGGGGCACCGAGCGGGAGCGAACGCUGCAUGGGGUUUCGAGCCGAGCGCCGCGCGGCCUUGCUUCGGGGUGGACGUCCUCCAAAUCCCAGCUCCAAGUGUGCGCCAGCUGACCAGCAGCGCGAGGGGAAGUGACCCCAUCCCUCCCCCUAACAUCGGAGCUCUUCCGAAGCCGGAGCGUCAUGCCGAGAGCCUUGCUGGGAUGGAUUUUCGGAUGCAGAGAUCGCUGCCGGCUCAUUGGGGUGAUCGCGAUGAGGACGACCGACAGGAGCGGAGCGAGAGGAUGAGCACAGGAGCACCAGGAACAGGCGGAGAGAGAAAGCACAGAGAGCUGGAAGGAAACUCACUUUUCAGGAGAAAACAGCUGAAAGGCGUACGUGUGACUCACUCGAGGAGGGCUGUUUGUUUUGGGACACGUCCCUCCAGCUGCUUCUCUUUCUCGGGCGUUUCUGUGUGCACUGAUGUUUCUGUGUACUACAAAAUAAAGCGUCUGCAAAUACGAGGCGAUGCUAGUUGCUUUUUUGGUGCCAGCUAG